CCCUUUCCCCCACGAGAACAUUUUAACUUUUAAUCAAUCAAUCAGAUAACAUUCCCCGAUUUAUACCAGUGGUGGGAACGCUUUUGGAUCUCCUCUCUCUAAUAAUUUCAUUUAUCAAUGGCUGUGCUGGUGUUUUGGACUCCUGUAGAUUUUCAUCCCUCUUUUAUUUCUUUCUGAAUCCUCUACCUUCCACUCAACAUGACAACCGAUGUAUUUGCAGUUCCCAUAUUUUUCAUCUGCUUUCGAGAAUGCGUUGAGACCAGCAUCAUUGUUUCUGUAUUACUUGCCUUCAUCAAGCAGACGCUGGGGUCGGACACUGAUGCCGUCACUCACAAAAGGCUUAUCAAACAGGUCUGGUGGGGAGUUGCCGUCGGGCUGUUUAUAUGCCUCUGCAUUGGAGGUGGUAUGAUUGGAGCCUUCUACGGGUAUGGUAAGGAUCAUUUUGCCAGCACGGAAGAUCUAUGGGAAGGCAUCUUUGCUUUAGUCGCCGCCAUCAUCAUCACAGUUAUGGGAGCAGCCCUUCUGCGGGUGAAUAAACUGAAGGAGAAAUGGCGUGUCAAGCUGGCCCAGGCAUUAGAAGCAAAAUCCCAACCUCAAGGGAGAAUGACAGAUAAGAUCAAGCAGUGGUCACAGAAGUACUUCAUGUUCAUCUUACCCUUGAUUACGGUCCUUCGGGAGGGUCUGGAGGCAGUGGUGUUUAUCGGGGGUGUUAGUCUCAGCUUCCCCGCAAGUGCGUUCCCUCUCCCUGUAUUCACGGGACUCUUGGCUGGCGUGGUGGUUGGUUAUAUUAUUUACCGGGGCGGGAAUCAAACCUCACUUCAGAUAUUCAUGGUCAUCUCGACAUGUCUGCUCUACCUGGUCGCUGCUGGACUCCUGUCCCGAGGCGUCUGGUUCUUGGAGAACAACACUUGGAGCAACCUCAUCGGUGGCGAUGCUUCAGAGACAGGAGCUGGCCCUGGAUCAUAUGACAUCCGGCAAAGCGUGUGGCAUGUGAAUUGCUGCAGUCCUUUGGUGAAUGGUGGCGGAGGCUGGGGAAUCUUCAACGCCAUCCUUGGAUGGCAAAACUCGGCCACCUAUGGUUCGGUCAUCUCAUAUAACCUCUACUGGCUUGCUGUUAUUUUGUGGUUCGUGAUGAUGCGGUAUCGCGAACAGCAGGGGCGUUGGCCAUUGAUCGACCCCUUGGUUCGUCGGCUUAAGACCCGGAAGGCUGACGGGUGCGUGGAAAAUCCCGAAAGCACAGCAGAUACCCGCAUAUUGUCGGACAACAAAGCAUCGGGCAAUGGAGUUAUGCGUCUACAAGCUACAGAGGUUUGAUAAGGCUUGGGGCAUACCAGUACUAGUAGAUGCGUUGUGUAUAUAGAUGUCGGCGCUGAGAUGUGAGAUAGAACAUCGAGCACUACCCCUUGAUUCCUCGUGGGACUAGCUGUUCACAAUCUUCCCAUAGCUUUAUGAACUAUGUCUUAAACUGUAUCUCUAGAUAAUCUUGGCUUCAUUGGACUCGG